AUGGCGGCCUGCGUCGACGGCACCGGCCCUCGCCCGCUGGCGUCGAGGAAGGUCUGCGUGAUCGGCGCGGGCAUGGCCGGGCUGGCGGCGGCGCGGGAGCUGCGGCGGGAGGGGCACGCCGUGGCGGUGCUGGAGCAGGGCGCCGACGUGGGCGGGCAGUGGCUGUACGACCCGAGGACGGACGAGUCCGACGACGACGCCGCCGCCGCCGACGACGCACCGGUGAGGGUGCACAGCAGCAUGUACGCCUCGCUCCGGCUGCUCGGCCCCCGCGAGGUCAUGGGAUUCUCCGACUUCCAGUUCGUCCCCCGGAAGAGCGGCGGCCGCGACGCGCGGCGGUUCCCGGGCCACCGUGAGGUGUAUCUCUACCUCAGGGACUUCUGCCGCGCGGCCGGGCUCGUCGACGCCGUCAGGUUUAACGCUAGGGUCGUGCGCGUCGCCAUGGCGCCGCCGCGUCGAGGUGGCACCGGCGACGCCGACGCGCUGCAAUGGGUAGUGAGAUCCAUGGACGCCGGCAUAUGGAGGCAACGCGCUGAUGAUGAUCGGGUGGCCGAGGCGCAAUGCGUCGAGGAGGUGUUCGACGCCGUCGUCGUGGCCACCGGUCACUACUCGCAGCCAAGGCUGCCAAGCAUCGAAGGAGUGGAGGAUUGGAGAAGGAGGCAGCUGCACAGCCACUCGUACCGGGUCCCGGACCCCUUCCGCGAUGAGGUGGUGGUGGUGGUUGGCUGCGGCGACAGCGGCAUGGACAUCGCGCUGGAGCUUCGCGCCGUCGCGAGGGAGGUGCACCUCUCCGCCAAGUCCGUGGAGGCGGCCAUGACGCCGGCGAUGUCCAAGAUGCUGGCGAGGCACGCCAACCUGCGGCUGCGCCCGCAGAUCGAGCGCCUGUGCGCGGACGGCCGCGUGGUGUUCGCCGACGGCACCUGCGUCGUCGCCGACACCGUCAUGUACUGCACCGGGUACCGCUACUCGUUCCCGUUCCUGGACACCGACGGGAGGGUCACCGUCGACGACAACCGCGUCGGGCCGCUGUUCGAGCACACCUUCCCUCCGUCGCUCGCGCCGUCGCUGUCGUUCGUCGGGAUCCCGAGGAAGGUGAUGGUGCCGUGGUUCUUCGAGGCGCAGGGGAGGUGGAUCGCCGGGGUGCUGUCCGGCAGGCGGGCGCUCCCGACGGAGGAGGAGAUGACGCGGUCCGUGGAGGACUACUACCGCGCCAGGGAGCUCGCCGGCGUGCUAAAGAAGUACACCCACGACGUCGAACCUCAUAAAAUGUACGAGUUGGGGGAGAAGUACUGCGACUUCCCGCGCACGGAGGACUGGAAGAGGGAGCUGAUGGCGAUCAUCAGCCGGAACACGAGCGACGACAUGGAGACCUUCCGCGACCGCGACGACGACAGCGACAACGUCCGCAAGUGCAUGCAGGAGUGGCAUCUUUCACCUCUAAAGGCGUCUGCUGAACAUGGCAGUGAUGGGUUAGCUGACCAGAAGGAUGGAUUGGCCAUUGAUGGGAAGGAUGCUGACUGGAAUCUUCACCCUGCUUCCCCUGGACCAAAUGAUGUACUUUCAGUAAACAACAUGCAGAUGAAAAGGAGGAAAAGGUCUAAGACCAUCAGAGUUUUCGAAUCUGAAUUUGAGGCAAAAGGUAUCCCUGAGUUAGGCAACACCCUGCCAAAAUCAACUAAUAACAUGUUCAUUAGUGAACAGAGCUCUGAUACACCUCCUGGAAACACUAGUUCUGUUUUGCAAUGUACUGCUGAAAACGUCAUGCACGUGACUGAUGCUGCAAAUACUGGUCAAUUGAAGUACGAGAACAGCUCUCCGUUAGUCUCUCAGCCAACAGAAAGUGAAAUUGUAGAUGAAGGUAACUCGCAAGUGGAUCGCCAAGAGUGUAGAACACCAAAUAAUAAUGGAGUAGACUUGGAAGAAAUGAAUGUGGAUAAAAACUGCAUUUUAGCUUCAGACGGAGCUGACUCUUCAAUUGUGAGCACCCUGGACAAAGAAGAAAAUGCAAAAGAAGCACCUUCUGGAGUUGCUGUGCAAGCUGAACGUGCCAGAUGUAUCAAAUACACAUUCAACCGCAGGAAGCGCAAGACUGCAUCUUUAGACAGCACUCUUCAAGUUGCUGUCCCUGAGAAAAGCAGCAGUCUGGUUUGCCCAGCUGAGAACCAUGAGUCUCAUGCAAAGCCUGAGACGCAAGAUCUUUUGAUAGAGUCAACUCCAGGUGACAAUCAACUAAUCCAUGUUGCCCAACAGCUCAUAAUGCUGUCAGCGCAGAAAUAAUAAAAUUCUGUGAUGCGUUAAAGCGGAAGGAAUGAUUGGUUGGUUCAAAAGAACAAUGCUGGGACGGCUUCAAUAAGUGGAUCAUAUAUUUCUUCAACGGAGUGGGAGACUUGUGGUGGUGGGGGUGGCAGAGAAAGCAAGAAAGCCUAGCUCAUAGUGUAGUUACCAACAAUAUAUCUCUACCUAAGAGGUCAUAUUAUAAUAGUGUAUAGAUUAGACAAGAGUUUUUUUAUAUAUUUAGUCGAUAAAUUUUGAACUAUUGUUUUGAAGGAGGUUAUAAAUUCUGUAGCGGCACUCUGUUAUUAGGUCGGUUCAAGGUUCAAAUUCAGAGGUUAAACAACUGCUCCAUGGAGCAAAGAGACGGCGUUAGGAAAUUUAGUCUAUGUAAAUCAACUUAUAUCUCCCUCCUAGCUUGUGGAAAAAUUUUGCUCAUUCGAUUAGAAGAUUGGCUCCUAGCUUUUGGAAAAAUCUUGGUCAUUUGAU